AUGUACAUUUUUAUUGGAUAUCCAAAAGGGAAGAAAGGGGGUUUAUUUUAUUUUCCUAAGGAACAGAAGAUAAUUGUUUCGACAAAUGCUAGAUUUCUUGAAGAGGAUUAUUUAAUGAACCACGUUCCUAGAAGUAAAACUGUUUUACAGGAAUUGGGCAAUAGAAUAACGAAUAAUGAAACACAACAAUUUUCAAAAACCGUUAUUGACAUACCACUGCAUCCACGUAGUGGGAGAAAUGUCAAUAAACAAGGGGUUGCACAAGAGCAAACACUUGACAUUACACUACCUCAAAGUAGUGGGAGUAACAUCGAGCAGCCUGCAAUUGUGGAGGAAAACAUUCAGGAUAAUGUCGAAAUCCCUGAGGAGCCUAAUACGGAACCUCCUAAUUACGCUGAAGCACUACAUGAUAAAGAUGUUAAAAUAUGGAUUGUUGCUAUGAAAUCUGAAAUGGAGUCUAUGUAUUCUAAUCAAGUCUGGGAACUUGUAGAACCACCCACGGGAGUCAAAGCCAUU